AUGGCCCCGCCUCCAGGACCGGUGGAGGUCGUUGCGCGCCAGACCAGGCUGGUUCCAGCCCGCAACACUGGCUGGGGCCAGGCCUUGGCGGUGAAGUGGCCUGCGACGAGACAGGCUGAGAUCAUCCGAACAGACGACGAAAAUGGACAGGACCGAAAGUCAACCACCUCACCCUCAAAGUGUCCCCACGGAAGUCUUAUCGUUCCCGCGCUAUCCCUUCUGUUAAUUGUUAUCGAUAGAGAAAAUUUGAAGACGACGGGUUCAAAGAGAACGGCAGAACAAUUGCUUCGUGUACAGAUUCAUCCCCAAGGCCAUCCGGCGCCAUCUGCCAUCCGCCACCUCCAACAAGCAACUGCCCGUGACACCCCGCACCCGCCAUUCGUCCCAGGUUUCGUGACUACCUUCCUUACUACCCGAAUAUUACAAAGCCAAACCCUCGCGGCUCGACAUGUACCCUUCUGUCCCCUCCUUCCCAUUCUGAUCAGGUGCGCUCCUCCCCGCCCCUACCCAACCCAAGCCAACGCCCUACCUGACCUUGCUCUGACCGACAGUUACCGACUGCAGCCUCAGCGGACUGGGCGGGCUACAGCCGAACUCAAGUCAACGUCGUGCCGUCUCAUCCCGUAA